AUGUUAAAAACUGAACAAAUUAAUUGUAUAAGUUUUCCAUAUGAAAGUAAUGAAGAAUUCAAAAUAAGUUACGGGUAUGCAGAUACAAAAUUUGGUGAAGUUUUAAUUGGAUUACUUGAGCCAAACAAAAUUUGUUUUCUACAUUUUAUACAAAACAAGGCCGCUGGUCUCAAUAACUUAAAACAGUGCUGGCCAAAGGCUGUGUACACUGAGGAUUCUGUUUUGGCAACUAAAACGGUUAACGCUAUAUUUGGUAAAGAUGAUGGAGGAACGAUGACGCUAUGCUUGACUGGAUCAGAGUUUCAACAAAGCGUUUACAAAGCAUUACUCAAAAUACCAUUUGGCGAGCAAUUCACAUACUCAGAUGUUGCUGAACUUUUGGGUAAGCCAAGUGCUGUGCGACCUGUGGCAAAUGCUGUAGGUAAAAAUGAUAUUGCAGUUGUGAUACCAUGCCAUAGGGUAAUAUCUAAAAGUGGCAGCAAAUUCAAGUACCGUUUUGGAAGCCAGAUUAAACAAAAAUUAUUGGAAUAUGAAAGUGCUAAUGACACAUUUUAA